UGCCGAUAAGAUACUGAUUAUAAGUUGAUUAAUUAUAAUCUAUUACAGUAAAUAUAACGAGAUAUUCAUAACCGUUUAGUCUUAACGUUGGAUCAGUUCAGUCGUAAACAGUUUCGUAAUAUUGUUAAUAAAAAUGAUUGUAUUAAUAAUAUCCGCAUUGAUCCCAGCAAUAUUGGUGCUAGUGGCCUUUAGAUUUGUGAAUAAGAGAAGAAAACCGGCGAUAUUUGGGGUGUACCAGCUGAAAAAUAAAAAUUACUACUUCAAAUUUGUUCUAAUGUACACAAUUUUAAGAAUUAGGCAGCUAGUUACACAUCUGAAGAGAUUAUUAGAAAUCGAAUUGGGCCGAAGUGCCGACGGCAUUGCACAUGUUCAACGGCAAGAUACAAUUUUGGAGCAACAAUAUUAUCUUGACCAUGCACAAGCAAUAGAUGCGGUUUAUUUCAAUGGGAUGUCAAAAGAAGGAGAUGCACUCAUUUGCGGACUAGCGCGACGACCUGGAAAUGUUUGUGAUGCAUUUUUGUACCUAAAGGUAGAAGGCCAGGAACUGUUGUUAUCGCCAAAUCUACCAGACACAUACUUGAAACAAAAGCCUAUUGAAGAAGGCGAGUAUAGUGUGGAAGGUAUAGAAUUAAAAAACUUUGUACCUAUGAGAACUUGGGAGUUAAAAUACAAUGGAGAAAUGAAGCCCAGGAAUGACGGGGAUAAGAAGACAAAAGUACAAAUGACACUUACCUGGAGCGCAAAAUGGGCGCCAUUCAAUUACGAUAAGCAAAUAUCACCUAGAUGCUUAGCCGGCAGCAUAGCCAGGGAGCAAUGGUCACGAGAUUACUUUAAUUUAUUAAAAAGGGUUCAUCAAACGCAUUAUGAACAAAUGGGCUUCGCAAAAGGCACAGUAUCCAUCGAUGGAAAAGAGCACGUCUUAAACAUUCCAUGUGUCAGAGAUCAUACUUUUGGUCCAUUCCGUGAUUGGCGUACAUUUCACCGAUACGUGUACCAUUUUAUAUUCCUUGAAAAUGGUGACUGUGCAGCUGUCGGUAACGUGUGUCAACCAGCAGUUUUAUCUAAUUUAACAAUUGGAUAUUAUUGUCGUGACUCCGAUCAGAAAGUAUUUCCGAUAGAUUCAUGCGACUUCCAAAUAUAUCAACAUGGAGAAGAUCAAAUUCUGCCUAAAGAUUAUGGAUUUGUUUUCGAAGCUGGUUGGCAAAAUUACGCAGUACGUGUGAAAGUAGACGACGAGGAGACUUUUUACAUCGGCAAGGAGAGGGAGGCAAAGUUCUACGAACGCUGGUCCACAGUAGAUAUUAACGGAGUCAAAGGCCGGGCUUGUGUUGAAUGGCAUUACAACAAUGUUCAAGCAAAGAAGACAGCUAAAAGUGCAUAACAAAAGUUUCUAUCCAAACUGUGUUAAUAACAAAAAAAAAAACACUAACAUUUGUAUUUUAUACCUAUUAACGUAUAUUAUGUUGUUUUUCUGAAUAAGAGGAAGAAAAUAUGCAAAUGUUCUGCAUUACGAUAAUUUGCAACAACUACAACCUAAAUUACAUAUACGUGAUAUAGGUGUAUAUAAUAUAUAUCUAAGUUCGGUCGGACACGGUUUAUUUACCAGGCAAUCCACAUGGCAGUUAAAUCCUUAAUUCAUUUAACGAAUAUGAAUUCAGGCCAUUUGACUAUAGACCAAAGUAUAACUGGAUACAUACUCAUUGUAACAAUUAUUUCAAUGAUUAUUAUUAUUAUAAAAGUUCUGGAAUUUUUUC